CAAGUGUUAUAGCCUAAUUAUAUCUUAUUACAAACUCUGAAAAAAGCGAAUCUACAAACUUAAUGGUAAAGUUGCUAUGGUGCACGUAUUGAGAAAGUGUUGUGCUAAUGUUAUGUUCUAAUAACUUCUACAUAUCUUAUUGGGUUUGUUUCUAUUCUAGAAAAAUGUUGAGGAAGGUGAAGUAUAGAGUAUCGGCAAUAACUUUAUUUGACAGGAAACACGUUGAAACAACCCAAGGUUUCAGAAACUUUGUUUUCAUCGUGCUUGUAUGUUUUCCAUUUUUCCUGAUACUGUUCAGCUAUGUAAACCAUGGAAAACCAAUUCUAAGACUACAAACACAUCGUCUUCAAAGUACUCACAAGUGGCUACGAGGCCAUCAAUCAUUCCUGCCUCCCGACCGUUCUCUAUGGAUUUCUGUAGGUUGUGAUACGAAAUACCCUCUGUUUUCCUGUCAAUCCAAAAACGAUAUCCGCGGUAAAGGGCUUGGCAAUGUGAUUGCUGUCAAUGAAACACACUUUCGUCAUCCUAUCCUUCAGAGACAUUGGAACAGUUGCGCGGUCGUUGGCUCAUCGGGUCGUUUGCUGAAGACUGAAUAUGGACGCCACAUCGAUGAUCACGAAAUUGUCGCCAGAAUCAACUAUCCGCCAAUAAAGGGAUACGGAAAACACGUGGGAUCCCGACCGUCCGACAUCCAUUUUUUCGGCGACAAACUGCCAAGAUGUUUCAACGAAAGUCACUCUGAAGCCAAGCUGACGGUUCUUCCUCUCCCGUAUAAGAGAAACCGAAGAAACAUUUCUUUCGAAGCAUGCGAAGCUAACAGGGAAUUGCCAUUGUAUACUAUUUCAAGUUACGUUUUUGAAUUCGCAGGAGCGCUAAUUUAUAAUUAUUCCCUUGCCCACCGUCCUCCCAAAAUGAAGGAGCGUCAGGUAAAGAAGACAAUGCCAUCAUCAGGUUUUCGGUCGGUUAUUUUUACAAUGAUGAUGUGCAAGCACGUUGAUGUGUAUGGAUUUGGACUGAGUGGAGAUAAAGAAGAGCCGGUUCAUUACUAUGAGGAAAGUUUAGACAGUAAACUAUUUCGACAGGCUCACAAACCUAAUGUUGAAUUGGAGCUCAUGGAACAUUGGCCAAACGCGACAUCGUCCGAUUUCUAUCCGUCCUUUGGCAAAUUACGGGUAUUUACAUAAAUGUUAACACAAAUACUAGUAAAUGAACGUUUAUGGCUGGAAAGUAACGUAUUUGUAUUAUUCAGACAACGUGAAAAAGUUGGACUUUUGUUUAGCUGAAGUAUUUAGAAUUCAAAAAUGUGAUGAGUAAUAAUGUCUGCAGAACUGAUAUAUAAAACUAAC